AUGAAUGUGAUGUUCAUUCUUCUCCUCUUUCUCGCCACCGUUUUCGAAUUCCUUCAGUCUUCUAACGUCGUCGCUAAAACCCCCAUACCCCCCCUCAGCGGUGAUGCCACCGAACUUCCUUCCACCAACUUGACCCUCCAAUACGUCGCAGUGGGCCGCGGGACUCAGAACUACACAUGCGCUUCCUCGGGCUCCCUCCCUGUACAGCAAGGCGCUGUAGCGACCCUUUUUGACGCAACUUGGCUGGCUUAUCAUGAUGAGUCUACUUUGAACGCCAUUCCUCCACGCGCGGUCUACAUACCUUUUCUACCAUACCGAUUUGAUGUCACACUCCCCUUCAUCGUACUCGGGCACCAUUUCUUCGAUAGCAUAGGCACACCAACCUUCGAUCUUUAUUCUGUGAAUAAGACCUUAUACGGGAGGAAGACCAGCGACAUCAAAGCUCCAGCAGCAGCAAAUAAAGGACCAGCAGGAACGGGCGCGGUGGAUUGGUUGCAAUUGACAGCCAAGCCAGGAUAUGAGAGUAACGGCGUUUCGCUUGCUUAUCGUGUCGUGACAGCUGGGGGAGAGCCUUUCAACUGUACAAUUGCUGGGAUCAUGAUCGUGCAGUAUGCAGCAGAAUACUGGUUCUAUGAUUAG